CCAUACAAAUGUAAUGAGUGUGGGAGAUCUUUUACAUAUAAUUCAGCCUUCAGAGCACAUCUGAGAACUCACACAGGACAGAAGCCCUAUGAAUGUAAUGACUGUGAGAAAACAUUUGCACAUAAUUCAACCCUCAGAGCACAUCAGAAAAUUCACACUAGAGAGAAACUCUAUGAAUGUGGUGAAUGUGGAAAAACAUUUUCCCAGAAGACACACAUCUCAGCGCAUCUGAGAACUCGCAGAGGGGAGAAAACCUACAAAUGUAAUCAAUGUGGCAAAACUUUCUCAGAAAAGUCAUAUAUUAGUGCACAUCAAAGAAUUCACACAGGGGAGAAACCCUAUGAGUGUACUAUAUUUGGAAAAACAUUUGCCCAUAAUUCAACACUCAGAGUACAUCAGCGAAUUCACACAGGUGUAAAGUCCUAUGAAUGUAGCGAGUGUGGAAAAACAUUCUUCCAGAAUUCACACCUUAGUGCACACCAGAGAAUUCACACCGGGGAGAAACCUUAUGACUGUAUGAAUGCAGGAAAGCUUUUGCUCAAAAUUCAACUCUCAGAAUAA